AUGGCUAGUGAGGAUGGAGGGAAGCGGCUCAGGAGAGCCGACCCUUCGACUAUACAGGAUAAGUUUAUGGUAGGGUACCAGGGCUGGUUCACUUGCCCCGGAGACGGUGAACCGGUCGGCCCAGGACACCAUGGUUGGCUGCAUUGGUUCAACUACCCCAUUCCUGACGGUGGCCGGCCCAACACCGAUUUAUGGCCAGAUGUUUCAGAGUACUCGCCCUCGGAGCUCUACCCAGCACCAGGUCUGAAGUACGCGAAUGGGGACCAAGCAUUCUUGUUCUCCUCCCGCAACCCCAAGACAGUAAACAGGCAUUUCCACUGGAUGGCCCGCCAUGGCGUGGAUGGCGCUUUCCUGCAACGUUUCCUCGGCCAAUGUGACGUCGAAAAUGGUAAUGAAGGCAUCAGGCGCCAGCGCGAUGAAGUCGGUGAUCGGGUCAAGGAAGCUGCUGAGAAGGAAGGCAGAGUGUUCGCGAUAAUGUAUGAUGUCUCGGGCGUGCCUACCGAUAGGAUAGAGCGAGUCAUUAAGCAAGACUGGCUGCACCUGAUCCGGGACAAGGGCAUCCUGGACAGUCCCAACUAUCUGCGAGAGAAGGGAAAGCCGAUGCUCAUUCGGACAACAGGUUUCGGCUUCUCGGAUAGAAACCAUUCACCCGCUAUGGUCCGUGCGGUGACAUCGUAUAUACGUUCUGUUACGCCAGGAGGUGCAUACAUAUUCGGCGGUGUCCCUGCUCACUGGCGGACGUCUGUCGCGGAUGCUGAUCCGAACCCCGAGUUUCUGAACAUCUGGCUGGAGGAGUUCGAUGCCCUGUCACCUUGGACUAUCGGUAGGUAUGGGAAUGAGGACGACGCGGAUAGAUUCGCAGAAGAGAAGAUCAAGGGUGAUGUUGAACUACUGAAGAAACGAGUUGAUGAAGGACAUAAGAAAGUGGACUACGUCCCGGUGGUAUUACCUGGUGGAUCGGGAUAUAAUCUAUCCGAAGGUAAAUGGGGGUUCAACGACAUCAAGCGGAAUGGCGGUCGUUUUCUGUGGAGACAACUAUGGAAUGCGCGGCGUCUGGGAGUCCGUACCAUCUACGGUGCUAUGUGGGAUGAAUACGACGAAGGAACAGCUUACAUGCCCGUAGUACCUUACAAGAGGCAAUCACCCGUGUCAGACAAGUUCCGAUUCAUGGCCUUAGAUGAGGACGGCUAUGACUUGCCUUCGGAUUGGUAUAUGCGCAUAUGUGGGUUCGCAGCAGAAGGGUUGCGUGGUGAACGUAUCAUUCUCGAGACAUUCCCAUCGAAGGAAUUGCAAGAUUACUGGUCGACACGCCCAAUAUAUGAAGACGAGGGGCAUGAGCCGAGUGCUUCUGGCUCAGGAUCAGGCGGAGGAAGUGCAGACGAUUACCAGAGAUGGUUAGCUAGCCACGCAAGUAAGGCGGAAGACGAGCCUCCUCCCCCGCCGUACUCCCUCGAGGGCGACAGUAGUGCACCGGCGGCGGGUAGCGUUGCGGCCCAGGUAUCUCGGCCACCUCCAGCGCCUAUGUCGACUAGACCCCUGUUCAUUCACAGGCACGAUGAUACCACAGCAUCGGCGCAUUCCUCAGCACCACCACCUCCAGCGCCUGCCUCCACUCGACCUCUGUCUAUUCACAGCCACCACGACAGUACGGGAGCGGCGCAUUCCUCAGCGCCGCCCCCACCACCGCCGAAAGAUACGCGUCCUUCUUCGAGCCCAAACAAACCCCUGGUGGAUCUGGGAAAGCGACCGUCCUCGGCAUCCGUAUCCCAGAUUACCGAGGACUUGGGUCGACAGUCUAUAUCGCAUAAUAUGCCGAGUUCAUCACGUCCCCCAGUCCCUUCCUCGACGAGACCAGUAUCUCCCCCGUCCGGACCGUCCAUCUCAUUACCUGUACCGGACCUGAAAGGAAGCCCUGGGCGGGAAACGUACGAGCCCGGCGGGUUCGCUCCGGCCCUUGCGUCCCAGCCCCAAUGGCCCCCGCCUGAGUGGAACGUUCCCCCGUCACCUCACUCGCCGUCCCAUUAUCCCGGGUUUCCGCCCUCUUCCCAUGCGAACGUCGGUCCCCCGCCUCUGCGCCCUCGGCCGUCCCUUUCUCAGCGCCCGCCACCUGGCGCAUAUCCUGCAGCUGCUGACGAGCCUGGGUUCCGCCCCAUGGACACUUCGUACUAUGAUCCCUCGGGCGUUUCGCCGUUGUUCCCUCAAGCCCAUCCUUCGAAUGAUUAUUACUCCAGUGGCGGAGCGCAGGGUCAAGGCCAAUGGCCGUACCAGGCAUACGAACCGCCUGCUCAUAGACCUGGGUCGCGCCCUUCUGCGCAGGCUGUAGAUCCUACCUGCCCUGCAUCAGGUUUCGGCUACAGCGGAAGGCCGUCGCCUCCGGCCCAUCCUUCUUCGCCGCAGCCUUAUAGGCAGUCAACCCCGCCGGCUCCCCAUGGCGCUUAUGCUCCUCCAGCUCCUCACGGUUCGCUUGCUCCCCCAUCUCCUCAUGCUUCUCACGGCAGGCCGAGUGCACCUCUUCUCUCCGCGGCACCUCUUAGGCUUGCGAUGAACGCCGUUGAUAGACUUGCUGGGCCGGGGACGAGUCGACAGAUAGAGAGACGAGUAGGUAGCAUAGCGGAGAGAGGUAACAAGAUCUUCGACAAGUUUACAAAGUAG